UUAACCUUUUGCUCUGUUCUGUAAUCAACCAAUCUCAAAAGCCAGAAAGACAAACAUUUAUAGACCUGCUAACUUGUGUCUUUUCAGCAGACUUGGCCCAGAGUUUACGAGGCGUUCUCCUAGACGUCCCUGCAGCGGUUCUGACUGGAGACACGGCGAGGCUGGCUUGCGAUUACGACCUGGAACAUGCAGCUCUCUACUCUAUCAAAUGGUACAGAGGUGACGAGGAAUUCUACCGGUUUGUGCCCAAGGAGUCGCCUCCCACCAGAGUGUUCCCCUUGCCCGGCAUUCACGUGGACAUCUCCCGGUCUGACGCCCGGAAUGUGACCCUCCUGAACAUUCAGAAACAACUCACUGGAUUUUAUAAGUGUGAGGUUUCGGCCGAUGCACCACUGUUUCACACGGAAAUCAAGUCUGCCUUCAUGACUGUGGUCGAUGUCCCGGCUGAAAAGCCCACUUUGACGGUAGACAAACAUCGUUACACGGCCGGGGAGAAGAUUGAAGCCAAUUGUUCUUCAAGGGCGUCCUACCCUGCAGCAAACCUAACCUGGUUCGUCAAUGGUGAACAGGUUCUGGAUCCUCCACCUACCAUUAUCUUCCCGGAACCUGGAGGAAGCUUGGAAACUUCGAGAUCUACCCUGGAGCUGGAAGCGGAGAGGGCAACCUCCCGUGACACCAGGUUAAGACUACGGUGCGAGGCUUGGCUCUUCAAGCUUUAUCGGCGCAGCAGUGAAGAAGUCGAGCUUCAUGAGGACACUCCGCAGAUCGCAUCUGUACUAGGUCCCAGCAUAACGGAUGGCAGCAUAAGACUGGAAGUCUCAAUGCCUGGGUUGUUCAUGAUUCUAUGCAUGGUGUUGGUGGUGGCCUGCAGAUAGCGCAGCAGUCAACUGAAUGGACGCUGAGAAUUCAUGGUGGGAUGAACCAAAGAAGUCCUCAACCUACAAGAGAAGUUAAUGAACUUGGAGAAUGUGUUUUCUGUAACCUCUGUAAUAUUUUGUGGGCCGGCCAAUGUCUUUCUGUGCGUGUGAAUGUAUUUCUGUGUGGGUAUGCACUGCAGGAAGGUUAAAUAAUCACUGUAAAAUUAACAGCAUGAAAACGGACAGAUGCAAAAUAUUCGUGGACACAUUAGGAUUCAGAAAACUAUUCAUUAAACACAGCUCAACCCAUUUUACGCGAGAUUAACGUAAAACAAUACAACCUAUUUAUAAAUAAUAACAUAUUUAACUUAGAAUGAUGUUCAAUAUUUGCCACUGUUAUAAUAAAUUUAAUCCGUGGUAACAUUCCUUUAUAAAUAGCUAUGAUAUAUUGUCAUAGUAAGAAAAUCCUGCUUAUAUUUGGUCUUACAGACAGAACUGUAUCCGUUUUAAGGAUGUAAGGAAAGCUGGAAACCUCUUCCAGGGUCUGGAUCAAUUGUGUGACGUCAUAAGUCAUGUUUGAUCGUAGUAACAGUACAUGAAGUGUGGAACCAAUGCUGUGCAUAGAUCUAGAAUAAAUUAAUUUAAAGUGUAAUUUUUAAAUCUAGUCUGAAGAACUGUAACAUAGUAAGUUAUGUUGGUUGGAGGGUAACGUUUUAAAUAUUACCAAAUCAGUAUUAUAUUUGUUUAAAACAAAUGUUAAUAUGAAGUGUUGCAAUUUUUAUUGAAUGUUUGAUAUAAUGCAUGUUAAGUUAAAACAGUGUUUGAUAUUUAUGUUGUAAAUGACCCGUUCAUCUUGCAGUGAGAAAACACGUAAUUGUAAGAGAUCAAAAUCUGUUUCUAUAUAAAAAGAAAGUGUCAGACGUAAAUAGAUUUAAAAUGUCCUCAAGUUUUGUUCCGUGAUUAAAAUCAAGUUCAAAAUAUUAUUUCAACACUUAAAAUGACUGCAGUUCCUUACAGACUAUUUUUUGAAAAAUAUAUUUAACAUUCAGUCAUUCAUAAUUUAUGUUUCAAAACCGCAGAAUUUGACCGUUAAUAUUUGAGAUUUUUGCGGGGAUUAAAAUGAAAAAUGUGGUCAUUUAUCAUAUAUAAAAUGUAUCUUAAUCUAUGAAGAACAGGAUAAUAUUCAUAUAACCUUUAGUGUACACAUUGUAAAUGUUUAUCACACCGCUCAUUAAAUAGGCCCCGCUGAAAUAACUGUAUUUAAUUUAAUAUAAAUUGUACAGAAAUUUACCACAAUCCUGUUAGUGAAAUAAAAUUCGUCUAUGGAAGAAAUUAUGUGUUAAAAUUGAACGAUAUUGGCUCAAUAGAGAUAUAUAUUCUUUCAAUAUAAGCAUUAUAUGUCACGUCUUGUUAGGUUAAGGAGAAAAUUCAAUUGGCUAUUCAUGUAAUUUUAUAAUUAGCCACUUUGAUACAGAAAAUGUGUGCAUUAAUAAUUGCAAAAAAAGUAAUAGAGUUGAAUAGUGGUAAAACGCCUAUUUUCUGUGUUAUCAAAGAUUAUGUUGAAUGUCAUGUAUUGUGUUGUUCGAUGUACUAUCACAUGCAAACUCAAAGUCCAGGUCAUCUGCACCACGCAAAAUGUACAAGUACCAGUGCACUCUUUAAUGUUUGUCAUAAAUUACAGUAUUAACCGGAAUAUAUUAAAUUUAAAAUGAACUUCAUUAUUUCAAUCUUAUUCGAAAUGUCUGUGUAAGUAACAAAUUCCUUGUACAACAAAUAAGUAAUUAUACAACCAAAAUUAUAAAAUUGUCCCCCUGUGCGAGGUAUUUUUAAAACAGAUUUUGAAAAUCUGCUUUACUCUCACGUUCAGCCUUCCACACCAAUACGUAAAGAAAUAAAGAACUUUGUAUUUUUUGCACUUUUUAAGAUGCGAGAGGCUAUUACGUUUACCCGGAAAUUUAUUUAGGUUAGGAGUGAUGUGGAAUACGUAAAGAAAUUUUGGUACGAAACCAUUCGAAAUACCACCGCUUGGAAAACUGAGGUUAUGAAGGGAAAAUAUUAAGAAGAAUCUCAGGUAAAUAUGUUAUGACGAUAGUCGAUUCAUGUACUUAAGUCGGAAUAAUUUUCGAUAGUAUGCUUUCGUAUUAGUGUUACUUCCAUAGAGUUAGUGUACCAAAAACAAUCUUAUUGACAUCAACAUUAUAUUACGUUGAAAUGCCAUGCCAAUGAGAAAUUUUAUUUAGAAUUAUUAUACAAUAGAAAUGAGCACAUUAUUUCUGGUACAGUCUGUGUAGGUUUUAGAGAACACUAAAGUGGAAAAUGACAAUUAUUAUGCCAGAUAUUAUUAUGUAGCUUUUCCUAAUACUUAGCAAAGACAGCCAUACGGAAUUAUAUUACUUUCCGUUUGCUACAAUUUAUAUCACAGUUUCUGAAUCCCUUACCUUAGCGGCUGUGUCACAAAUUUUGAAGUUGCGUGAAAAAUAUUUCAAAAUAAUGCGAAUAAGAACAAGCUUGGAAAAAAAAAAAACAUCUGAGUUUGAGUUGUGGAUGAAAAUACCCUGAUUCAGAACGUGAUGUGAAGUACUGUACUUCAUGUGUAGCAAUGUAAAAUGAUACAGCAUUAACCUUGUGGCAAUAUGACUCCACAAUAUAUUUCAGGAGUAGCAAUGUGUUAUAAUCCUGGGAAAUUUGGUCUAGCUCGUAGGUCUAGCUAGUACGUGUCAUGUACAAGGACUCUCCCAAACAAAACACCAUCCACGAGUCGAAACAUUAUCACCAAUAAGAGCGUAAUAAAAAAUUUGUACAGACAACAGCAUUCCAAUUGAGGAGAAGUGUAAUUACUUAUUCUAUGCGUCUACCAAGUCGUGUUUAGCAAACGUUAGAAAAAUGUGAAUGGCUUUAUUAUACUAAUUUCAGGAUUUCUGAAUCUUGAACAUUGAAAUAUAAAAGACAAUUCAUAAAAAUUAAAAAAAUCCCUCCAUGGUUUAUUGUAUAUUUACUGACGCAAAGUUAAAAAUUCAGGGCUGAAUAUUAAACAUUUAUACAAUAAAAUGCAAUGUACUUCCACAUUUUUUAAAAUAAUUAAUUCGCAGUUUCUUCGAAAAUAUUAGCGGGUUUGAACUAAGAUUAGUUGCAGUUGGUUGUAAUAGAAUGGUGUCCAGAAAUUAUAUAUUUGGCAUAUACUGCAAAAAUCUUAUUUUAAAUUAUACUUCAGUGAAAUACUAUCAGUUUUCUUUAAUCACUUCAAAAGAAAUUUUAAUUUAUUAUCAUGUCCCGUUAACAUUAUUCAUUUUGAUGGGCUAUGAUAAAAAAUAUAAAAGGACCUUAUCUAAUUAUUCUAAUGACUUCAUCAAUGCCUGGUAUUAAUAUUCAUAGAAUGGAUAAAGCAGGGCAAAGGAUUAUUCCCGACAAAAGAAGGGAUGGAACCAAAAGCUGAUUUCUUAUAAAAAGAAAGAAAAUGCUUGUUAAAAGACAUAAAGAAGUAAUUAACGUUUACGCCCAGAAGAAUUUAACACAUUACAAAAACAAAAAAGAAUGUAGAUACGUAAUUUGAAUUAUUUACGUACCUUGGUUUUAUGUUAAGCUUUUAAUGAGAAUUAUUUGAAGCAAUUAAUAUUACUUUCGUCUUUCAAAUAAUUCAUUUUCGUUAUCAAAGAUUUACCAACACCAAGAAACCUUUGACAUCAGGCAAAUUAAAAAAAAAAGUUUAACAGGAAAGGACAAAAAUAAUCUCAACACCUUCCAAUGACAGAGAAUGUAUCGUCAACGAAAACAUUGUUUUUGCUAAAACAAAUCUCAAAAAUCCCCUAUUACAUUUGUAGCAUUACAGUUCCUUGCACUUUUCACACUAAAACUGGAAUGGAUUACUUAUUAUUUACAACACACUUUAGAAUGAAAUAAAUUAAAGAAAACUCAAUUUAUUACCUGAUAAAACUUAAAAUACUUUAUAUAGUUUGUAUGAAAGAUUGAUGUAUCACCAAGACAGUAGGUAAAAUGAACACUGCUCGUAUUAUGUUUAAAAUUAAUUAUUUAAACAUUUUAAAUUCUAAAUUGCGUAUACAGUGCGUUUACUGAUAAUAAUAAACACAAGUAUCAGUUCGCGCCUCGCGGCAAGAACUACUAUGAAGCGAAACUUUACUUGUAUCGGGAAACCGUGAGAGUCAUACAGUUCUAGCCGAGAGCCGUGGAGUGACAACUGCGUUCAACUUUAACAGUAAACACACUGUACUUCCACAGAGUUCUAAGCACAUAAUUUUUGUGACUGGUCAGUGUCAAACUAUAGACGUUCAUCAGUGGACUUAUGCCUAGAUAUAUAUUUUAAAUUCAUCAUCAAAUAGGACAAGGCUGUAAUGGCAAAUUUAGGCAGGUCCCAAGUACAACUUCUGACUCCCGACAACACAGAUCAGUGACGAAAUAACACCUGAGAAAGAUUACGUUGAUAAGUGACUAUGGAAAUUGUUGGUCUAAGGUAACACACUCUGAACCACAAGCACUAUUUGGUGCAUUCUACUGGUUAUGGUUGCAUCUUCCGUGUGGUUUUCUGCCUGUUGGAUUUUCAACUUCAUGGGUGGUUUUCCUCCGUGGCAUCCCAACAAUUACUCCGUUCACACACAGAAGAAGGCAAUGGCAAACCACUUCUGGAUCAUCUGCCAAGAACGUAUAUGAACAGGUCCCAGUCGGAGAAAAGGAUGGAAGGAUCCUGUUCAUAUGGACCUGUCGUCAGACAGAACACUAAAUAAUAAUAGUACACAGAAUCAUUAAUAAAUCACGACAAUCACACUAAUUAACUCACUGACGUAUUAAUGGUUGAUUAACCACAGAAGUUUUGAUCACAAAAUUUGACGUAUAAUUUAAACGCUCAGGCCUAUAAUUUGGUAAUUAGCGUCUGUAUUUGAUAAAACAUUAAAGUGUGGGACGAAUAAACAGUUUGUCACUUCGUGUGGUAAUCAAUUAAAAACUAUUUCAAAGCUUAAACUGGCACCAUUUGGACAUUUCCAUCGCCCAGGUUUAUAUUAUGGGUCUAUAUAAAAUGUUUCGGAAAUUAACUCCGCUAUUCGAUCCAUUACAUGGGGCUAAUAUUUCUAUCCCCGAAACUUUCCAUUUGUAAGAAUGAUGCAUUAAAAAAUCCAGGCAGUGUGCAGAAGUCAUCGAUAGGAGUCAUCUACUUAAAAUACCAGUUCUCUCGCUGACAACAGCCAGUUUAACAAAUUGUGACAAGAAAUCUUAAUUGACAUCUUCAACACAUACACUACGGUUUCUAAUAGCGUCUUAAGUUAUCUUGUGUGAUGUGUAGGGUCAUUGAUAUAUUUUAUAUUAUCUGUCUCUAAACUAUAUUAAUAAACAAUAAUUAAGUUUCGUUAGUAAUUUGUCAUUUUGUAUUUGUCUCUCUUGCAGGGUUAGGAAAUUAUAUUGUACUAAAUUCUGUGUAAGAUAAAUGUUAAAAUCUAUAUUAUUUAUUAACAAAUAUAGAUUAAAAUGUGUAUAUUUAAUAAGAGCUUUGAAUUUCGCAUAUAUAUUAAGAGCUUAGGAGCGCAGAUAAAAUAAUUAUAUGAAUUAUUAUUAUUAUUAUUGGUACUAUUAUUAAUGUUAUUAUUAUGACUAAGCCAUAUUUAUGUUUUAUUGAUAAAAGUCGAGUGCCGAAUUUUAAAGUUACAUAGAAGUUUGUAAAUUUGUUAGACUGUGUAUGUUCUAACCAGAACAGGCCUAUCGUUAGUUAAUAAAAACGCUAUUAAUAAAUGGUUUGAAAACAA